CAGCAGGAGCGAAUUUCCCGGAUGGAGUUUUGUCGCCAUAUUUGGUCGCCGGUAGGAUACGAAGAUUUUAAGCUGCUGCUGUUACUGCACCAAGAACCGCAAUCUAACGUAUUUAUUCACUUCGCAUCCGUCUGCACAAACAAACAGCGUCUCUUACCUUCACCUCUUCCACCUCCUCCCGGUCCCCGGUAACCAUGGCAGAUCGAGAGCACUUGGUUUACCAGGCUAAACUAGCAGAACAAGCCGAGAGAUACGAUGAAAUGGUGGAGUUUAUGAAGAGCGUUGCAGGAAAGGACACAGAGCUCACAGUAGAGGAGAGAAACCUGUUAUCAGUGGCGUAUAAGAACGUGAUUGGAGCUCGACGAGCCUCCUGGAGGAUCAUCAGCAGCAUUGAGCAGAAAGAGGAGAGCAAGGGAGGAGAUGGCAAACUCAAAAUGAUCCGAGAAUACAGACAAAUGGUUGAGAACGAGCUGAAAUCUAUUUGCAAUGACAUAUUGGAUGUACUGGACAAACACCUCAUUCCUUCAGCCAACACAGGAGAAUCCAAAGUUUUCUACUACAAAAUGAAGGGUGACUACCACAGGUACCUAGCAGAGUUUGCCACGGGUAAUGACAGGAAGGAAGCAGCAGAGAACAGUUUGGUGGCAUAUAAAGCUGCCAGUGACAUUGCCAUGAUUGAGCUCCCGCCCACACAUCCCAUCCGGCUCGGCCUCGCUCUCAACUUCUCCGUCUUCUACUACGAGAUCCUUAACUCCCCCGACCGCGCCUGCAGGUUGGCGAAGGCGGCGUUUGACGAUGCGAUAGCGGAGCUGGACACGCUGAGUGAGGACAGUUACAAGGAUUCGACGCUCAUCAUGCAGCUGUUACGGGACAACCUGACGCUCUGGACCUCAGACAUACAGGGAGACGGUGAAGAACAAAAUAAAACAGCGCUGCAGGAUGCUGAGGAUGAAAAACAGUGAGAUGUGAUCGCCAACAUGCUAAACCCCCUUCUCUCUCUCUCUCUCUCUCUCUCUCCAUCUCUCCAUCUGUCUGUCUGUCGCUCUCUCUCAUAUGCAUCCCUGUCUCUCAGGGAAGCUCAUGGUGUCAUAGAGAAGAGUUCAGAUGCUAAAUGCUGGUUCUGUCCAUCCCUGUCUAUCACUUUGUCUGUCUUUCCUCUCGCUUCUUGUUUCAUACUUUGGCUCUUGCCUAUUUGACCAUCUACACUAGUUUGGAAGAAUUUAGACUUUUAAAUGUUUUUGAAAUGAGUCUCUUCUGCUCACAAAGGCUGCAAUUAUUUGUUCAGAAUAAUACAAAGUGAAAUAUUAUUACAAUCUAAAAUAGCUGUUUUCUGUGAAUAUAUUAUAAAGUGUAACUUAUUCCUGUAAUCAAAGCUGAAUUUUUAGCAUCAUUACAGUUUUUACCGGUGCUCAAUUAUUAAUAAUGGCUAUUAAUCAAUGUUGGAAACAGUUUUUAGUGUUUAAUAUUUUUGUGGAAACCAUGAUAUUUUUUUUUUUUUUCAAAAAUUCUUUAGUGAAUAGAAAUUUCAAAAGAGCAGCAUUUAUUUGAGAAAAAAAAAAAAUCACGUACUAUAAAUUCAUGUACUGUCACUUUUGAUCAAUUUGAGCACCAGUAAUUCACCAUCAAUAUAACUGAACAGCAAAUCAGCAUAUUAGAAUGAUUUCUGAAGCAUCAUGUGACACUGAAGACUGGAGUAAUGAUGCUGAAAAUUCAGUUUUGAUCAGCAAUAAAUUUAAAUCUUAAAAUAUAUUAAAAUAGAAAAGUUAUUUAAAAUUGUAAUGGUAUUUCACAAUAUUACUGUUUCUCAUCAAAUAAAUGCAGUCUUAUAGAGGAGAAGUCUUCUUUCACAAACAAUCCAAAUUUUUCCAGACUUUUGAUUGGUAGUAUAUUUGUGGGGUUUUAGGGUUUUAUUUUAUUUCAUUUUUUUAAUCUUAAGUAUUUUUUAAUUAACUAUUCACUUAGAUCUUAUAUGAUUAUACGAGACCAGAUUGGAGGGUUUCCUCUCUGUAAGGUUUGGUUUUACUGCCUGUUGCAAGAUCCUCGAAUCACACUUUUAUUACAUAAGUUUGCAUUUGCGUAUUUCUUUAUCAGUGUUGUUCUGUCAGUUGUUGAGCUCAAUGGCAAUUAUCGGAGGCAUUUAUUUUUAUUUUCUUGGAGUAGAAACUCAAGCUGUUUAUCAUAAAUUCACCCUCACAAACAUUUCCUUAAAAUCUAAGUGUUUUUAUAUUUGUCAGCAGGUUCUCUGUCUGUGGUAUGGUGUGAUGUGAUGUGGUCGGUGACAAUGGGUCAAUAACUAUAAUGCUUUUAGGAAAUGAAUGCAACCCUUGCCUCACUGUUAUUCAGAGGCUGCUGCUGCAGAAAUAUUGCUAUAGAGCCGUACAUAAGAGGCUUUUUGUGUUUUAUUGGAGGAAAAAAAAAAAAAUUCUCAAGAUCAGAUGCAAAACAAGCCAGAUGCAUUAGUUUUCCUUCAGUUGAGUAUCAAGUGAAACUCUAGUUAGGGAUUUUGGUGACACUUUACAAAAAGGUUUUAUUUGUUAAUAUUAGUUAGCAUGAGUUAACAAUGAACAAUACUUAAACAGUUUUUCAUUAAUCGUAGUUCAAUUUUAACACUAAUACAUUUUUAAAAUCAAGUUAUAGUUAAUGCGCUCCAAUUAACAUGAAUAAAUGAACAACCGUUUAAUAAAUGCUAUAAAAUUUGAUUACACUAUUUUAAGGUUUCCUUAGUAUUAUGCAAUUAAGUACUGUGUAAUAUUAAUUAACAUGUAUUUACUAUAGAAUUUAAGGUUAGUUGCUUGUAAUUAUGCACAAUAUUGUUAUUACUAGAAUAAUGUGCAACAAGGAGACUGUAAAGUUAAGCAAGUGAACAAAUAUUCUGCUAAUUGCUAGUUCAUGUUAGUUAAUGCAUUAAUUAAUGUUAACAAAUGAGACUUUAAGUGUUACCAGGAUUUCUUUGUGUAUCUGUAUCUUCGUGUGUCUGGCUCUCUCUCUCUCUCUCUCUUCUGUCUGCAUCCUCAUGUAUUUCCUCUGUUUCUUCAGUACAUGUGACUUGAAUCUGAUUUGUACUACUGUUAAUUCUGCCUGAAGCCAACAAACACUUGUCUACUCAUGGAGACACAGCAUGGGAUCGACUCGACCUUUCAGAAAAACCAAGACUAAGUAAAAGAACUAAUAAAACACUAUCUUUACCUUU